AUGGGUAUCAACAAUCCAAUUCCAAGAUCACUUGGUAGUGAAUGCAAAAAAGUUGCUAAGAUCCUAACUUCCUUCAUCAAACCAAACCAAGUGUUUGGCCCGGACGAAGUCAUUCCAAAGGAAGUUCUUCAAAAUGCUCGUGGUCUCGCAGUUAUGACAGUUUUGAAAGGUGGCUUCCUAUUCAGUGCCAGAGUGGGAUCAGGUCUGAUAAUGGCAAGACUCCCUAACGGAGAAUGGUCUGCUCCUUCUGCCAUCGCCACCGCCGGUGCAGGUGUUGGUGGUCAGAUUGGUGGUGAAUUGACGGACUUUGUAUUUAUUUUGAACACCCAAUCAGCAGUGGACUCUUUCGCACAGUAUGGAUCAAUAACUCUGGGUGGUAACGUUUCGGUGGCAGCUGGCCCACUGGGAAGAAACGCUGAAGUUUCAGGGACUGCUUCCUUGAAGGCUGUCAGUGCUGUUUUUGCAUACUCAAAGACUAAAGGUUUGUUUGCAGGUGUUUCCUUGGAAGGUUCAGUUAUUGUGGAGAGAAGAGAGGCUAAUAGAAAGUUCUAUGGAGAUAACUGCAAAGCUAGGCAUAUUCUUGCCGGUGAUGUAGCUCCUCCUAGGGCUUGUGACACUUUGUUGAGAGUUUUAAACUCCAGAGUUUUCAACCCCAACUAUAGUGGUGACCACUACGAUAGUGAUGACGAGUUCUACAACGAUAUACCUUCCACCUUCUCUGAUGACAACUCAAGUUAUAACUCGCCAAGAACAGGAGGUUCAAGAAGGGGAGGUAGAGGGAGAGGCCGUUCUAAUGAUGAUAUUUACUCAGAUGAGGAAGACGAUAACUACUACAGUCGUUCUAGAGAUAAGUCUACAAGAACAAGUUCCAAAUGGCGGGACGACAUAUAUGAUAGACCUCCUACUGACAGAUCAUCUAAACCUACUUAUAACAACUUUUCAGAUGAUGACGAUAGUGACCUUUCUGGAAGAGUGAAGAAACAUAGCCUCAGUGAGAAGAAAUCCAGCUCUGGUGCCUCCAGAAAUAGGUCCAGAAACGAAACAGCAUCAUCGUCGAGGGCCAACAAAGCUAUUGCUUUGUAUUCAUUUCAGGGUGAGCAGGCAGGAGAUCUUCCUUUCAAAAAGGGAGACGUCAUUACUAUCAUCCAAAAGUCCAACUCAACUGAUGAUUGGUGGACUGGCCGUACUAAUGGGGUAGAAGGUAUUUUCCCCGCCAACUAUGUAGAGUUGGUUUGA